AUGGAAACUGAAACAACUUUCUCCCAUGUUGCACCACCAAUUUUUGAUGGUGAUAACUAUCAAGCCUGGGCUGUUAGAAUGACAGUCCAUCUUGAAGCAUUAGAUCUUUGGGAAGCUAUAGAGGAAGACUAUGAUGUUCCCCCAUUGCCGGCGAACCCUACGAUGGCUCAGCUUAAGAGCCACAAAGAGAGGAAGACCAGGAAGUCCAAAGCUAAAGCCUACUUAUUCUCUACUGUUUCAAGCACUAUAUUUACAAGAAUCAUGAACCUGGAGUCAGCAAAAGAUAUUUGGGACUACCUCAAAAAGGAAUACCAAGGCAAUGAAAGAACCAAAAAUAUGAAAGUACUCAACUUGAUCAGGGAGUUUGAAAUGCUGAAAAUGAAGGAGACAGAAAACAUCAAAGACUACUCUGACAAGUUGCUGGGCAUAGUAAACAAGGUGAGGUUGCUUGGUAAGGACUUCUCUGAUGAACGAAUUGUGCAAAAAAUUCUUGUAACUCUGCCUGAAAAGCACAAGAGCAAAGGAGAAUGA